AUGCUGCUCCUGCUGCUCCUGUUCUCUGAGGGACUGCUCCAGCUCGGGGCGAGUGCAGAGGCAUCCCAGGUCCCAGGACCCCCUCACCCAGCCACAGAAGAGCCCCUCUCCUUCCGCGUGCUCCAGUCCUCCUCCUUUGCCAACAGCAGCUGGGCGUCCUCGCAUGGCUCAGGCUGGCUGGGCGAGCUGCAGACGCAUGGCUGGGACAGUGUCCUGGGCACCAUCGUCUUCCUGUGGCCCUGGUCCCAGGGAAACUUCAGCACCCAGGAGCUGAAGAACCUGCAAAACCUCUUCAUGCUCUACUUCCACGGCUUCACCAUCGAGGUGCAGGCUUUUGCCCACGAGUUUCAGUUCGAAUACCCUUUCGAGCUCCAGGUGUCAGCUGGCUGUACAGAACAUGCCGGCAAGUCCUCUGGAAGCUUCUUGAAUGGGGCGUAUCAAGGUUCCGAUUUCCUGAGUUUCCAAGGAAACUCCUGGAAGCCGUCUCCAGGAGCCGGGAGUCCGGCUCAGAAGGCCUGCGAGGUGCUCAACAGCUACUUAGACAUUAAGGAAAUUGUGCAGAGACUUCUCAGCAACACCUGCCCUCGGUUCCUGGCAGGAAUCCUUAAAGCCGGGAAGUCAGAACUGGAACGACAAGUGAAGCCCGAGGCCUGGCUGUCCGCUGGCCCCCAUCCCAGUCCCGGCCGUCUGCUGCUGGUGUGCCAUGUCUCCGGCUUCCACCCGAAGCCCGUGUGGGUGAUGUGGAUGCGGGGUGAGCAGGAGCAACGGGGCACCCAGCGAGGCGACGUCCUGCCCCAUGCUGAUGGGACGUGGUAUCUCCGAGUGACCCUGGACGUGGCGGCCCGGGAGGCGGCCGGUCUGUCCUGCCGAGUGAGACACAGCAGUCUGGGAGGCCAGGACAUCGUCCUUCACUGGGGUGGUGGGAACUCAGCCCUGCUGACCCUGCUCUGUCUCAUGGCCACAGUCAGCCUGCUGGUGCUGCUUGUAGGGCACUUCUGCUUGAGAAGGCACAGCUCCAACUGGAAGGCCCUGGCACCCGCUGCCCCCAGUCCUGAGUCGCCCACCGGGGCCGAUGGCCAGGGACCCAGGACUCUCAGACACCAGGUCUACAUGCCGCAGGAGUCCUGGAUCAAAAAUAGAUUUUUAAAGAAAUGGAAAACAAGCCUAAACCAACUCUGGGGAUGUUAG